AUGUCCUUCAAGGGCGCCCGGCUCAGCAUGAGGAACAGGAGGAACGGCAUGCUGGACAGCACGAGGACCCUGUACUCCAGCGCGUCUCGGAGCACAGACGUGUCCUACAGCGAGAGCGUGAGUUCAGGGCCCUUCCGCGCCCCCACUGCCCUUGUUAUGUCAGAAAGCAUCAUUUUGCAGUUUGGAUUCUUUGCAAACCAAUACCCCUUCUUUAGAAAGUUCAUUUCUCAACGGAUAGUAUUUCGUUCGUGGAUUAUUUAUAUGGAAGUCUUUGGCGACACCUCGAGGGUGUCUGGUCCUUGUCAGGGCGUAGCGAAUGCUCCCAUUGGUCAGCAGGCACUCCGUCUGACACCAGGGUUUCCCUCAACUGCAGGGUUAAAAGUCUGGGAGGGGGCCAGCUUUGGAAGGCGGAGGGAUGGGGCGGGGCUUCCGGGGUGCUGGGCCUGUCAGUAUUUUGAUGUGAUUGGCAGAGUGCACUUGCCACUCCCCACACAGAGCACCUCCUUCGAAUCUGCACCUGCUGUCAACGUGGCCCCAGUCCUGUGCGAAUUACACGACAAGCAAAGCAUCUCCAGUGCUCCCUGCUCCCGCUCCCAGCAGGGAGAGCCCCCUUGGAGGGCAGAAAAGACCUUUCGAGAUCACACUUGGGUGCAAGCCCUGGUGCCUCUGGGAGACAAAGGCUGCCUCUCUCUUACCCCGCUCCUUCCGAUUGAAUCUGCUUUAGAUGAAGGCAAAUGCAGUGAGCAGCCCCCGGCCUCCAUAAAACCUGCAGAGGACAGGAGCAUCUUGGGGGUCUUCCAGUUCUCAUCUCAGAGGAGAACCCAAGGUUAUAGACCAGAGUCCACACCCUCUCUGCUCAGGGAAAACGUGUGCAAGUGUGGCUACGCCCAGAGCCAGCACAUCGAAGGCACCCAGAUCAACCAAAAUGAGAAAUGGAAUUACAAGAAGCACACCAAGGAAUUCCCCACUGAUGCCUUUGGGGAUAUUCAGUUUGAGACCCUGGGGAAGAGAGGGAAGUAUAUCCGACUGUCCUGCGACACCGACGCAGAAACGCUCUACGAGCUGCUGACCCAGCACUGGCACCUGAAAACGCCCCACCUGGUCAUUUCCGUGACCGGCGGCGCCAAGAACUUCGCCUUGAAGCCGCGCAUGCGCAAGAUCGUCAGCCGCCUGAUCUACAUCGCGCAGUCGAAAGGUGCGCGGGGGGCCCGGGCGGCGCGGGGGGCCCGGGCGGCGCGGGGGGCCCGGGCGGCGCGGGGGGCCCGGGCGGCGCGGGGGGCCCGGGCGGCGCGGGCGGGCGCUUGGAUCCUCACUGGAGGCACCCACUACGGGCUGAUGAAGUACAUUGGGGAGGUGGUGAGAGACAACACCAUCAGCAGGAACUCGGAGGAGAACAUCGUGGCCAUCGGCAUCGCCGCUUGGGGCAUGGUCUCCAACAGGGACACCCUCAUCAGGACCUGUGAUGUCGAGGGAUAUUUUUCAGCUCAGUACAUUAUGGAUGACUUCAAAAGAGACCCUCUGUACAUCCUGGACAACAACCACACUCACCUGCUGCUCGUGGACAACGGCGGCCACGGGCAUCCCGCAGUGGAGGCGAAGCUUCGCAAUCAGCUAGAGAAAUACAUCUCGGAGCGGACUAUUCAAGAUUCCAACUAUGGUGGCAAGAUCCCCAUUGUGUGUUUUGCCCAAGGAGGUGGGAAAGAGACUUUGAAAGCCAUCAAUACCUCCAUCAAAAGUAAAAUCCCCUGUGUGGUGGUGGAGGGCUCCGGGCAGAUUGCCGAUGUGAUUGCGAGCCUGGUGGAGGUGGAGGACGCCCUGACGUCUUCGGUCAUCAAGGAGAAGCUGGUGCGCUUCUUACCCCGCACGGUGUCCCGGCUGCCAGAGGAGGAAACUGAGAGUUGGAUCAAAUGGCUCAAAGAAAUUCUCGAAAGUUCCCACCUGUUAACAGUUAUCAAGAUCGAAGAAGCUGGGGACGAAAUAGUGAGCAAUGCAAUCUCUUAUGCGUUGUACAAAGCCUUUAGCACCAAUGAACAAGAUAAGGAUAACUGGAAUGGGCAGCUGAAGCUCCUGCUGGAAUGGAACCAGCUGGACCUAGCCAAUGAUGAGAUUUUCACCAAUGACCGCCGAUGGGAGUCAGCUGACCUUCAGGAAGUCAUGUUUACGGCGCUCAUCAAGGACAGACCCAAGUUCGUCCGCCUCUUUCUGGAGAAUGGCUUGAACCUGCGCAAGUUCCUCACCAACGACGUCCUGACCGAGCUCUUCUCCAAUCACUUCAGCACCCUGGUGUAUCGGAACCUGCAGAUCGCCAAGAACUCCUACAAUGACGCCCUCCUCACAUUCGUGUGGAAACUGGUGGCUAACUUCCGGAGAGGCUUCCGGAAGGAAGACAGGAACAGCAGGGAUGAGCUAGACAUAGAACUUCAUGACGUGUCUCCUAUCACCCGGCACCCUCUGCAAGCUCUCUUCAUCUGGGCCAUUCUUCAGAACAAGAAGGAACUUUCCAAAGUCAUUUGGGAGCAGACCAGGGGCUGUACUCUGGCAGCGUUGGGUGCCAGCAAGCUUCUGAAGACUCUGGCCAAGGUGAAGAACGACAUUAAUGCUGCUGGGGAGUCAGAGGAGCUGGCAAACGAGUACGAGACCCGUGCGGUGGAGCUGUUCACCGAGUGUUACAGCAGCGAUGAGGACUUGGCCGAACAACUCCUGGUCUAUUCCUGUGAAGCCUGGGGCGGAAGCAACUGUUUGGAGCUGGCAGUGGAGGCAACGGACCAGCAUUUCAUCGCCCAGCCCGGGGUCCAGAAUUUUCUUUCCAAGCAGUGGUACGGAGAGAUUUCCCGAGACACCAAGAACUGGAAAAUUAUCCUGUGUCUGUUCAUUAUACCCUUGGUUGGCUGUGGCUUUGUGUCAUUUAGGAAGAAGCCCCUGGACAAGCGCAGGCAGCUCUGGUGGUCCUACGUGGCCUUCUUCACGUCCCCGUUCGUGGUCUUCUCCUGGAACGUGGUUUUCUACAUCGCCUUCCUCCUGCUCUUCGCCUACGUGCUGCUCAUGGACUUCCACUCAGUGCCGCACCCCCCGGAGCUGGUCCUCUACGCGCUGGUCUUCGUCCUGUUCUGUGAUGAAGUGAGACAGUGGUACAUGAACGGGGUGAAUUAUUUUACCGACCUGUGGAACGUCAUGGACACGCUUGGGCUCUUUUACUUUAUAGCAGGAAUCGUAUUUCGGCUCCACCCUUCCAACAGAACCUCUCUCUACUCCGGACGCGUGAUUUUUUGCCUGGACUACAUCAUAUUCACGCUAAGGUUGAUCCACAUUUUCACUGUCAGCAGAAACUUAGGACCCAAGAUUAUCAUGUUGCAGAGGAUGUUGAUCGACGUGUUCUUCUUCCUGUUCCUCUUCGCUGUCUGGAUGGUGGCCUUCGGUGUGGCCAGGCAAGGAAUCCUCAGGCAGAAUGAGCACCGCUGGAGGUGGAUCUUCCGCUCGGUCAUCUACGAGCCCUACCUGGCCAUGUUCGGCCAGGUGCCCAGCGACGUGGACGGCACCACGUACGACUUCUCCCACUGCACCUUCACUGGGAACGAGUCCAAGCCCCUGUGUGUGGAGCUGGACGAGCACAACCUUCCCCGCUUCCCCGAGUGGAUCACCAUCCCCCUCGUGUGCAUCUACAUGCUCUCCACCAACAUCCUGCUGGUCAACCUGCUGGUCGCCAUGUUCGGCUACACCGUGGGCACCGUACAGGAGAACAACGACCAGGUCUGGAAGUUCCAGAGGUACUUCCUGGUGCAGGAGUACUGCAGCCGCCUCAACAUCCCCUUCCCCUUCGUGGUGUUUGCCUACUUCUACAUGGUGGUCAAGAAGUGCUUCCGCUGCUGCUGCAAGGAGAGGAGCACCGAAUCCUCCGCCUGCUGUUUCAAAAAUGAAGACAACAAGACUCUGGCGUGGGAGGGUGUCAUGAAAGAAAAUUACCUUGUCAAGAUCAACACCAAAGCCAACGACACGUCAGAGGAAAUGAGGCAUCGCUUUAGACAGCUGGAUACAAAGCUUAAUGAUCUCAAAUUUCUUCUGAAGGAGAUCGCUAAUAAGAUCAAAUAAAACCAUAGGCACUCUAAUGGCGAGAAACCUAAUUUUCAGCAAGGGAGUUUCAGACAUCCAAGUGGAGACGAUUCAAAGGAUGCUGCCAAACAACCUGGCUCCUGCCUAAACGAGUCGCGUUCAGGACCCUGGGGGCACGGCGAUGGUUUCAACCACUCCAGUGCGCUCAGUCUGGGAACAAAACGAGUGAUUGAUUUCAUAGGAGAAGUUGGAUGGAAAGGCGGGACGUCUCGUAUGCCGCACUACCGCGGAAGGCUGCUGCUCUGUGACUUUGAGUCCUGGUGGCUAGAAUAGCUGCUGUUGACGGUUUAAACCAUCCUGUGUUCUUCACUUGUCCUCCUUUGACCAUGCAUGUCCGGGAGCAUCUCUCUCCUUGGUCCAGCUUGCCCUCCCGUGUUAUUUUUUUCAUCACCAAUGGAUUCGGCAUUUCCUUUUCUUGGAUUAUGUGAUAACUCAUGGUUAAGUCUCCCCAGUCAGGUCAGAUUUGAAAACCUCCUGCAGCAAGGGGACCGUGCUUUUUUUUUCCAGGAGAAACUAUUGUUAUUUCUCAUUCUGCUUUUAAUCAUUAAAGCAGGUGAUAAAGCAGCAUUUCCCCUCCCACACCCAUCAGGAACCCUACUCAAAGAAAAUAGCUUCUUCCGAACAAGAUGAAAAGUCACCCCCAAAAAGAAUCUUUUGAGGCACCACCGACUGUGUUUUCACUGGGUGCCCCUCUUUCUCAUCUUAUGUAUUAUUUUCCCACUAAAAAGAAUUCAUGGCUAUUGUAGAACAUUCAUGAAUGUCAUAAAAAAUGUAGGCCACAUGGAAAGGUUGAAAAUACAAGUAGUCUUACUACCUAAAGAUAAUCACUGCUAACAAGUCAGGAUGUUUUUCCAAGUCCGUUUGUUUGUUUGUUUGUUUCUAUGAGGGUUUUGCUUCUCUUCUAAAAUUUUACACAAUGUCCUCAUACCACAUAUACAGUUUUACAUAAGCUCUUUCACUUGAUAUUUUAUUGAAGAUGUCUUCUUAAUAUUCAUGUCUUCUUAAACAUUACAUUAACAAUUGCCUACUCUCCAGUUUCUAAUGAUUUCCCCAUGUCGAUUGAUCACCAAAGGCCAGUGGAAGCCAGUAUCUAUGCAUGGAUCUUCUUCCACAGUUGGGGACAUUACCCAUGGCUAGAUCUCCCCAAGUCGGUACUGACUGUCCAACCAUUUAUAAGGCCUUUUCAUAAAUGUUUAGCAAAUAGGAAUAACUAACUUGAUAUAAGAUAUGAGAUAGAUGAACCUAGAAGUCUUAACAUAAAAUAUUAUAUGUAAUCCUUAGUUUAGGAAGAAACCAAUAUACUUAUUUCAGUAUUACAGGUGGUGGAGGCCUUGGUGUAGAAUUGCAGAGAUUAUCUUAUUGGACGCUGCAGCCCUCGCUUGGUCUGGUAGUGGUUUUGUCUUUGCCCAAAAUAAAUGCUCCAGAAAUACACAAGGUCAUUUAAAGGUCCACAAUUGGUUUUUUUUUCAGCUUUGAAUAGAAUGUACGCAUAGCUAAGGAAGAAAAGCUUAGAAAGAAGCUGUUAAAAGACUAGUUAGAAAAACUACAAAAGCAUGAACCAAAAAAAGUUGUUUUCUGUUUUUUUCUGGGCAGUCAUUAAAAUGACUGCUCACCGCAUCCACACUUGCUGCAAGUGAACACAAAUAGAAGGCUUUUGUGUGUUUAUUUUUUAUUUAAACCCCGUUAAUGGCCUAACGGGGAAUCUUAUUCAUUGAUAGGGUUGGGACGCUGAGAGGUGAAGGGAUAAAAUUUACAGAAAUUGUCAAUGAAUGGAAUUUUCAACAUUUCUCAGCGAGAGAAUUUCACUUUUGAUUUACCAUGGCAACUAGAAUACUGUCUUUUCUGAAGCCACCAAGAAGAGGCUUCCGUUAUCUCCACGGUGCCUGGAUACAAACAAAGGAUGUGGCACUGUAUCUAUGAGUGUAUGACCACAGCCCCAACCUCUUACCCUCAACUCAAGCAGUGAAUUUGAAUAAUGUCAAUAAAUUUGAAUAAAACCAGAAAAUCUCCCAGGAGACAAAAUCCAGCAUAACGAUUGACUUAAAUGCCUUUGUCCAUGUAUUCCCAUCUCCGCUGACCGUGUUUUUGUUCGUUUAAGAAAUAGGCCAUGUGCACCUCAGUAUCAGUGGCUGAUACUGAGGUUGGAGACCAAGAACUUGCACCAUACUUGGAAUUGACUUGCAUGGGAGAGGGCACUGCUCAGUGUUCUCAGCUCAGCUUGACUGGUGGAUGUAGCUGCAUGAUUACAUGAUGUUUGCGUGGACAAAGCCGUUGUCUGAGGUGAGGCUCGGGAAAAUAGCCCAUGUACUGCACAUACGGCUGAUCAAGGGUGCUGAGGCUUUGUAUGUGGCACGGAGUGUCCUGUGCUCCUGUGCCCCACUGCUGAUAAUCCCACAGCUGGGUUUAAAUGAGCAUGUUCACAAAUUAAACAAGGAGGAAAUGUCA